AUGGAGGAAGGCUCCAGUUCUCCGGUCUCGCCCGUGGACAGCUUGGGCACCAGCGAAGAGGAGCUGGAGAGGCAGCCCAAGAGGUUUGGCAGGAAAAGGAGGUACAGCAAGAAAUCCAGCGAAGAUGGCAGCCCCACCCCGGGCAAGCGGGGGAAGAAGGGCAGCCCCAGCUCGCAGUCCUAUGAGGAGCUGCAGAGCCAGAGGAUCUUGGCCAACGUCCGGGAGAGACAGAGGACGCAGUCCCUGAACGAAGCCUUCGCAGCCCUGCGCAAGAUCAUCCCCACUCUGCCCUCGGAUAAACUCAGCAAAAUCCAGACCCUGAAGCUGGCCGCUAGGUACAUAGACUUCCUCUACCAGGUGCUGCAGAGCGACGAGAUGGACAAUAAGAUGACCAGCUGCAGCUAUGUGGCCCACGAGAGGCUCAGUUACGCCUUUUCUGUGUGGAGGAUGGAAGGCGCGUGGUCCAUGUCAGCAUCCCAUUAGCUCAGCACCCAAGACUCCCAAGA